AGAUAUCAAAUUGGGAUGCUUACUAAUGCAUAUUCCUCCUUCAUUGCCACCCCACGCCACCCCACGCCAACGGGUAACACAAAUCUCAGCGUAAUAAACUCUGGUGAUUUCUGGCAGCAGUCAACCACUGGGCGCAGGAGUCGGGCUCAUAAAGAUGAAUGUCCCUCUCCAUGCACUCUGGUGCAUCGCCGCACGUAUAGCCAUACCCCGCAGACCACGCUUGUACACGUGACCCCUCAGAAAAAGAGCACAAUGCCGCGCCUCUUUGUUGGAGGCCUGAGUGGCCAGGUGGACAAAAAUGCCCUUGAGUCAACAUUUUCAGAAUUUGGCCAUGUCUCCAAUGUAGACUUCAAGGAAAAAACAGAUCCAGAGGGCAAUGUGAUGAUGAAGUUUGCCUUUGUUAGUCUGGAGGGACAAAUGUAUCAGGUUCAAGAGUGUGUGAGACAGAUGAACGGCUCUACAUGGCUUGGAUCACAGCUGAGAGUGGAGGUUGCCAAGGAGAGUUUCUUGGACCGCCUGAAGAGGGAACGUAUGGAAGCGCAGCAAGAGGAGAGAAAUGAUCUUUUAUCAUUUUCCAUGGCAAAUAGAUAUAACAGGGAGGAAAGCAGAGGGAAAUAUGACUAUAACCAAGGGAUGAAUGAAAAGAGGUUUAAUCAAAACAUCAGCCAAGAAAAUUUAAUGUUGGGCAAGAAAAGAGAAAGGCCCUCAGAAAAAACAUAUCAGAUGCAGGGUGACUCUUUUGGCACCAAAUCACAGCCAAAGAAGAGGAACGCAACAGAGGAAACUAUGAUGACUAGCUUCAAGAAUUACUCCUCAGUUUGGAAUGACAGUGAGGAAGAUUCUGGUUAUGGGAAAGACAAUAGGCCCAGAUAUAAGGCUGAAUCCAAAGAGUUCACUGAUUCAGAUGGAGGAACAACAACAGAUGAGGAAGAGGGAGAGGGCCAUGAUAUGGGAGAUGUCAGGAAGGAGCAGCAGGCUCAGCUGAGACUGCUGGAAACUAUGCAAGACUCCAAAAAAGCUACAGCAAAUUUAAGGUCAUUGGCAAGCUCUGGUCAUAACAGUGAUCCCCGGCCAAUCAUCAGGUUUGACCCAACCAGAAUGAAACCUCAGCCUAAAGCACAAUCAAAACAACCCUUUGUACCAGAGGACAAACCCAUUUUGACAGAUGAUUCAAAGUAUGUGAAGGUUUCAAAGGAACUGGACUUCACACAAAAAUCAUCUGGAUUCAGUCUCUUAGCACAGUUUGGUAAACUUAAAGAUGAAGAAGAAACAGUUGAAAUUCAAGAGCAUGAGCCAACUGUUAUACCUCAACGUGUAGAAGUUAAGCCACAGGUUGAAUGUCCAAAAGCAGUCAAGCAACACAAUUUCUUCAUUACAUCCAGUGAUAAACAUAUAAAAGGGAUACUGUAG